GGCGAAAGGAAGGGGACCAGGCUGCCGCCGGUCGCUAUGGCAACAAGGGGAGGAAGCCAAACAGCUGCCGGGGCCGCUGGAGCAGCUACGCGGCGGCUGACGAGGCCCGGGGCUCCUGGGGGUCUGUUGCAAAGGGGCAGCGGAGGAGGUAGGUCGCUCUGCUGCCUCUACUGCGUUGCAUAUUCGCGCCCCUCCCUUUUCUCCCCAAGGAGCUCAAGGGGAUCCCCUGCACGGGGUGGUUCUCCCCCCCCAUCUCCAGUCCCACGCCACAACAACCCUGCGAGGUAGGGUAGGCUGAGAGGCAAGGGCUGGCCCGAGGCCCUCACUCUGUGGGCAAAGUGGUGCCCAAGUGGGGGAUUUGAACCCUGGUGGGUGGUGCUGUGGUCUAAACCACAGAGCCUCUUGGGCUUGCCGAUCAGAAGGUCGGUGGUUUGAAUCCCCGCGCCGGGGUGAGCUCCCGUUGUUCGGUCCCUGCUCCUGCCAACCUAGCAGUCUGAAAGCACGCCAAAAAAUGCAAGUAGAUAAAUAGGUACCGCUCCGGCGGGAAGGUAAAUGGCGUUUCCAUGCGUUGCUCUGGUUCGCCAGAAGCGGCUUAGUCACGCUGGCCACAUGACCUGGAAGCUGUCUGCAGACAAACGUUGGCUCCCUUGGCCAGUAAAGCAAGAUGAGCGCUGCAACCCCAGAGUCAUUCGCGACUGGACUUAACUGUCAGGGGUCCUUUACCUUUACCCUCCCGGGUUCUAGUCUGGCGCUCUUCGCCACUGUGCCUCACUGGCUCUCCCCACACUCUGCUCUCCUUGGUAAGUGGGGCUAAGAUUGUUGCCUAGAAUAUGAAAGACGUAAGAGCAGCCUAGAGUAUUUUGUUCCUCAUUAGUGGGCAAUCUCAGGUGCUUGCUUCAUAAUUAUAUAUACUAUAUAUACUGUAUAUAUUACAAAGUCGUUUUUCUGUUCUCUGUCCCUAUGGACACCUCUUAAAGAGAUGAUGGCCAAACUUUGCAUGGAGGUUUGUGACACCAAGGAACAAGUUGUUGUUCGUGUUUGGAUACAAAUGGGCACCACUGAGAACCAAUAUGGUAGAUUGUGCUUUUCAAAACUGCACUGAUUUAUUUAUUUGUUUCUUAAGAGGUCCUGAGUCGCACUGGGCACAAGACUGCUUGUUUCCAGUAAAGUUCCUUGGAGAUGGAGGAGGACACCAAUGAAACGGAACCCCCUUCUCAGGGGACAAAAGGAUCGGAGGAAGCGACUGAGGCACCAAGAGAAGAGAUGGAGGUUGUGGGUGCUGCUAUGGACUCGGAGCCAAGCCUUCAGAGCCAGCCCAGUCCGCAGCCCCAAUUUUCAGCAGAACCCAUGGAAGUCACUUUUGACAGGGAGACACCAGUGCAAGAUGUUCUCCCAGCAGAAACCAGCAGCUCUCCGAACCUACUGGAAACUUCCAACAACACUGCUGCCACCAGUUUACCUGGUGUAAGUAUUCACACAAAGCAUUUGUCAUGGUGAGUCCCAUAAAUCAGCAGAGGUGCCCCAGUGGACCAAAGACACGGGGCUUUUUGUUCUGCAGUUGGGCACACAGCAUGCAGCGUCCUAGGAAGCUCACCUUUCAUUUUGAAAUACUAAUAAUAAAAACAUCAUGUUUCUAGUUCUCAUGAAAGUAUUGAUAGGCCUGGAAGUAUUUGGAGUAUUGCCGGGUGGACACCAGGGAGCAGAGAUUCAGGGCUUUGCAGUUUGGGCUCCUGCACAUGAAAUUGAUAAACUAUUCAAUUUUUGCAAGCCCUUAAAGCAAACUGAAAAGGUAUAACCUGCAAAGGUCUUCACAGCUGGACACCCCCUCUCCCCACUCUUUUUCAAAACUUUGGCUUUGUGAAGGUGCUGUCCUGAGAGGGAUAUUGUUGCUUAUUCAUAGGCAGGCAAGGAGACCAAAGUGGAUGGCAAUUUGCAUUGAACUUGCAAGUACCUUAUUUAUAAGUGCAGAUUUAGGGACGCAGGUGGCGCUGUGGUCUAAACCACAGAGCCUAGGCCUUGCCAAUCAGAAGGUCAUUGGUUCGAAUCCCCGCAAAGGGGUGAGCUCCUGUUGCUCAGUCCCAGCUCCUGCCAACCUAGCAGUUCGAAAGCACUUCAAAGUGCAAGUAGAUAGAUAGGUACCACUCCAGCGGGAAGGUAAACGGUGUUUCCCUGUGCUGCUCUGGUUCACCAGAAGCGGCUUAGUCAUGCUGGCCACAUGACCCGGAAGCUGUACGCCAGCUCCCUCGGCCAAUAAAGCAAGAUGAGCGCCGCAACCCCAGAGUCAUUCACGAUGACCUAAUGGUCAGGGGUCCCUUUACCUUUAAGUGCAGAUUUAGGAAUGAUUGCCAUAACUUAAAUAGAAAUACAAAUUAGAAUGAAUUAUUAGGCCAUUUUCAUGCAUUUGUAUGUAUAUAGCAUUGGUCCCCCCCCGCCCCCGUGAACCUAUUAUAUACUUAUCUAUUUAUCGUAACAUUUGUACUCUGCUAACAUUUAUUUAUUUAUUAUCUAUUUAUGUCAUAUGAUUAUACCCCUUGAUUGCAAGAAAACCUCCAAGUGGUUUUCAAAAGGAAUAAAACAAUAAAAUUAUCAAUAAAAACAGCUAAAACAUUUUUAAAAAUCAGUGAUAAUCUAAAAGCAAAUAAAAACGCAUGUCAGCAUUCUACAUGUCUGAACAGACUUCGCUAAAUAAAAUUGUUGAAAAGAGUACAGUGAAGGCAUCUGCCUGAGGUCAAUAGCCAGGGAGUUCUAAAGAUUGAUUCCUUACAACUGCGAAACGAGCAUUGUGUGGCACCUGGGCCACUUCUGGUAGUAGUAGCAAUGAUGAUAAUACUAGGAAUAUAAAACAUCUCAUGAUAGUGGGGAAAUCUAGCCAGGGAACCUCUGGUGGUCAGUGUCAAGAGCUGUGGCCUGUCCCGUCUUUUGCCUCUUUUCUGGACUUGGUGGUUUCAAAGAGAGAACAGCCCUCUCUGACAAUUUAAAUCGAGAGCUCUCCUCUGCAAAGCAUGGUGUUCAACCCAAAACUUUGUUUUGCCUCUUAGGAAAUAGCGGCUAAGCAGCCUUCAGAGGAGGAAGAGCCUGGAGUCCCAGAAGACGAGACCAGCAGCAAAAAGACUCAGGAGUCCCCCGCCAGGGAAGAAGCAGCAGCAGCAGAUGACCAAGGUGCAGGUCCUGCUCCUGCUCUGGAAGGACGUGGCCUCAUGCGCACCCAGAGCGUUGCCAGGAGAGAGGAAGCCGGGAGCCCCAGAGAGGCAGCAGUGAGUUUCAGAGAGCCCCUUGCCUCGGGACAAGCUGCAAGCUCCGCAAGCAGUGGUGGGCCUGGCAGUCCGGCCACAAAGGCCGAGGCCGAGGUGAGCCACGAAGUCAAUGCUGCCCUUGGAGGCACAGGACCCUCAAGUGAGGAUGAAAGGGCCAGCCGGGAAACGGAGGUGAAAACAGCCCAAGGAGAGAGUGGCCGUUCCCAAGCACCGACUGCAGCCAGCAGCCUGACUCCAGCAGAGGGGCAGGAGGAGUCCGCUGUCUCUUCGGCCCUCCCUGGCAUGACCUUAGAGGAGACCAGCAGGCCACUCUCGGCGCACCCACUUGUGAGUAUUAUAUAUAUAUAUAAAAUGAUCAUGGAUUUGCCAGGCAAACACGUACAUAAAUGUAUGAGGCAGCACAGGAGGGCAGUCCUGGAGCCAUUUUGGCUCCUAAACUGACCAAAUGUUUUCUCUGCAAGGUCAAAGGAAAAUAGAAAAGCCUCCCCAUUGUCUUUUAAUUCACAAAACCUGUCUUAAGGGUAUAUCUGUGUAUGAAUAAGGUGAGCCUGUGACCUGGCUCAGGAACUAAGUAUUUGUCACUACAAAAGACUGGCCAGGCUCCCCAGGGUAUCUAGUCAAGUAAGCAUUAACAGGUAACCUGCCAGACAGGAGAUAAACAAUGACAAGUGAUAAACAACGCACUCAGAUUUCUGCUGUAGACCACCCUUUCUGUGAUGUAUGUAUGAUAUUUCUGGGGCUUGUCUUGAACUCCAGGGCAGGCAAUUUAAAAUGUCUGUAUAAGGGCUGGCACACCUGGGUUCUGGGUCCUCCUUCUUUCCUGCGUGUGAGGGGAGCACCCUGUUGCAACAGUUCAAUAAAGAUCAGGCUUACGAUCUGCUUUGCUUCUCAAUAUUCUCUGGUUGGCCUCUGUUAUUUUCUCCGACCGAUGGAGAACCUACCAAGGACUCUGCAAGGGCUCUUGUGUCCCCCAUAAGGGAAUAAGAGCAGAUUUUCAUUUAUUACACAGUAAAAGACAAUCACAUCUUAUGCACAUUAAACUUGUGCGACUUCACGCAUGCACGAUUGAAGGCUGGUCAGUUUGAAUUCCAAAAAUUGAAUAAAGGCAGGGUUUUCACUGUGCGAAAAGAGCUUUUAAGCUCUCUGUCCUGCUUACUGGGACAGGCCAUCUCAUUGUGCUAUCUCUGGAACUGUGGGGAUGUUUGCACAACAAGAUCUUGUGGGAACUCGGGCAGCCUUGUGAGAUCUCGCGAGAGCAUUGCCAAGUUGGCAGGCUGAGCGGGCCUUGCCCAGUGAAAGCUCUCUGUUUUGCUUGGGAGACAAGGCCCAUGUGGUUUGCCAGCUCUGGAAAAGAAAGGUAUGCAUUUUUGCAUAUAUGCACCACACCCAGAACAUGACCCCAGUGUAAGAUCCGGUUGUACUGAACAUUUUCGAAAAUCGAUAAAAAUUAAUUGGCCAAAAAAAUUCUGAUUGUACUGUACAAGCGUUAUUGGGAGUCACCCAGUCAAACAUCAGUUUCAUUCAAGGGCCCAUCUAGACAUUUUAAAGUUGUGCAUUCAUGAUCUGUGAUGGGAUGUAAGGAGGCAUCUUUCUCCAUUCUGUCCUGCAUCCCCCCCGCCCCCCAGUUUCUGUUCCACUGCCAAAAAUGAUGUCAGAGUACACUCGCAAUGUAAGCACAUGUAACUUGUGCACAUUCAGCUUUAUGCACUUGGCAAAAUUAAAAAGGAGGCGGAAAGGGGGUGAGUGUGCAGGGGGAAAAUAUUUGGCAAUCCCACCCUCCAUCACAGCCAGUGUGUUUUGACUAUACACGGUUUUGCUUUAGGUGCGAUCCCCGGAACGUAACCCCUGUGUAAGUUGCGGGCUUACUCUAUUUGUAUCGUUUUCUGCUGUAGCGCAAUGACUUAAUUUACACAAUUAAUUAUAUAAAUUACAUAAGCUACGUUGUCAUUACAUUAUUCUACCGCAUUUAUUCCACAAUGUAAAUGUUGUUGCAGAAGACACCCAGACCAAAAAACAAAAAAUAAAAACAAAGUACCAGUCUGGAAGGGCACAAAAUUCAUGGUUGCAUGCAAAUUUAAUUUAUGGCAUUUGUGGUCACAAUAUGUUUUUGAUUGCCGCUGGGGGGGGUGCCUUUCCACACUUUCCAUUUACUGCUGUGCACACUUUACAACAGAAACACUUAGCAUAUUGCUGCUGUAUGAUGUGAUCUGACUCAUCAUUUGUAACUCCCUCCCUCCACCCCCCACUCUCCCUGGCACAGCCGCUCCCCCUCCCCAGAGUUGCCAACAGGCAGCUCCUUCAGCCCCCCCCCAUCGCUGUCCUGCUCUGACCAGCCCCUCCAUGAUGCUUCCUUGGGACUCAUUACCUGCACCAGUUGUGCUGUUGGGCUUACUUACCUCAGUCAAAAAUGAUGUUGGGGUGUGUUUGUGUGUGUGUAUUUUUUAUUUUUUAUUUUUUACUAAGCAGAGCCUCCCUGCUCUGUCUUUCUCUUUCAGAGUUUGUCUUGGGUCUUUGGCUAUAACAGCGAACUCCCGGUUUUCAACUUGCUUGAUGAAGACUACCGAGUGAUCUUAUAUGUCUCCUCUCACACGGCCGUGAUCCAUGAUGUCCUCAGGAACAGGCAAUAUCUCCUCCAGGUAGGGGUCAGUUCCGUAUCGGUGCUGGAGAACCCAUUUGUUCUCUCCUCUCCUCCUCCCAUCAGGCCAAAUGAGGAGGAGGCUUCAGGCCGCAGAGGCAGAUGGCAGGAGGGGAGGAGGAGCGGUGACCUGAUGCUGGAGGACAGAGCUGAGUGUGGCAUGUGGCCUGUUUUGUUUUUGCUCUGCCAACUUGAGAGAUUUUUCUGCCUGAGGCACAGAACAAGAUGGCGCCCCAUCCCGUUCUUCGCACAGAAGCUCACCAAACGGGCAGCUGAGACGUGGUUCCAUACUGGUGUUAGGGCAGCCAUCUUGUGCUACCCCUCAGGGCAGCAGCUGGGCAGAUUUCAGGGCACACACAGAGCUCUCCAUCAUCCCAACACCACUCCCCGGCUGCCCUAUACUAGGUUCCUUCCGCUAGUAUGCAGCCCUCAAGCACAGCGGAGGAAGUUUCCCUGCUGCCAGCGCUUCUGUCUGCUCAGCUUCUGCACAUGAAACUGGAUGGGGCGCCAUCUUGCCCUGUACCACAGGCGAAAAAGGUCCCAUGUCAGAAGGGGUUUUCCUGUUUGCUCUUCUUGUUUCAGCCGCUUUGCCCUACCACCUGCCUGCUUGGUGGCACAUCUUGCCUAACAGAGAGAACUGUAAUCUGAAGAUGCCAUGAUGAAAACUGAAGGGUGGAGGGUUUUACUGUAGACGACUUAAUCCUGAGCACGUUUCCCUCUGGUGCCGCUGGCCAUCGGCAGGGGAGGACCUUGGUCAUAUGGAGCUCUGUUUGAGGCCAAAAUUUGUGGCCUGCACCUCUCACAAUGCCUUCCCAAAGCUGGGCAAGCACUAACUAGGCUGGGGUAAGGACUCCAGGCCCCUGUCAGAGCCCUCACGCCUCCGUCCCAAAGUACAGCGCUUACUAGGCUUUGGGAAGGCCCCCCUGUGUCCCAUGUAGGGAAACCUGGUGUGCUGCCCUAAGUAUGCACCUGCCAUUGGCAGUGGCCCCACUGAGAUGCAUUCCUUGACAGAUUACCCACAAGGUUAUGUCCGCAAUAAAAAAAGGGUCCAACAUUUAGCAUACCGGCUUGAGUGAGAUUUCCCAUGAGCUGCCUCUGCAGGGCUCGCUCUCUUCCUUUGACUUUCCAGGGACACACAGACUGCAUUUCCUGCAUCUGCAUAAGUGAAGACCGAAGGUGGAUAGCAACCGCUGACAGGGGCCCCCAGAGCAUGGUGACUGUUUGGGACGGAUACUCUGCGUAAGCAUCUGGUGGAGGAGGUUUGCUAACCAUUUAUUUCUGCGUUAGACCUCUCCCGCAUUGGCCUUAGCUGCCAAUAGUUUUGGUGUCGCGACUCUUAAAACUUGGUGGGUAAUUGGGCAGCCAUAAAGCCAAGGUCUCGGCUGCAUCUGUCCCACCAGGGCAGAAGUGAACCUGCUUCAGUUUCAGAGUGUUCAGUGUGUGCUGUCUUCUCCAGGAUUCCUGUGCACACCAUAUUUGACAGCCACCCAGAGGGCGGAGUCUGCGCCAUCGCAAUUUCGCAUGAUUCCAAGUUUCUGGCUACCAUCGGGGCUGGGGAAGUGCAGGUAAAGGAAGCAUUUCCUGUGCUGAAUCCUCUAACUAGGGUGCCUCGAAUUCGUGAAGGAGAGAAGUGAGGCACUCUCGAUGGUGGGAGGGGAGGGCAUGAACAGUUUUGUUUAAGGGGCUAUAAGCGGUCAGGAUUUCCCAGAACAUGGACUCUUUGGGCUCUGCAGUGGUGGAGCUUCAGGCUUUGGCACUGGGGGGGGGGAGGCGGAGACCAGGCGGGGGCGGGGCUGGCGCGUGUCCUGGGGGUGUGGCACACCACCUGCAGGGGCGGGCAGCCACAAUGGCACCCCACUGGGAUCACACUGCCAGGAGCAGUGUGCUCCCUCUGCACCCCUCUUCUUCCACCAGUGGGGCCCUGGGGUGGGUCUUCUAAGGGAGUGUGCUCUGGCACCCGUUUUCUGGAAAAAAAGCACUGGGGGCAGUAUUAGAACAAGUAUGCACCCUUUGGGGUGAGGCAAUCCAUCAAACAAACUUGUCCCAAGCUGUUAAGGGCCUCAGAGACCUAACAAAUGGGCAGUCAGUGCAGGUCUUUGAGACAAAGUGUAACCUCACUCCUGUCCACAAUCGUGCUUUCUUCAUCACAUCAGAAAGUUUGCAUUUGGAGGUGGACCUCACCUGAGACAAAGCCUGUCUGCAGCGUAGAAAUCCAGCCGCAGUUUGGCUUCCAGGUGAGACAUGAGUUUGGUUUGUUUUAUUGAUGGGUGGGUGGGUGGAUUGGAUUUAUAUCUCACCCCUUCCCCUCCAGGGAACCCACACCCACAAUUUAAAAGCAAAAACAAAGUAAAAGCGUUUCAUCUAAGAGCAACUGAGCAAUUCUGCCGUGGUAUCCUGUUUGUGGUGGUGAAGCUGUUCUUAGGAUCUCUUAGAUGACUCCUUCAUCCUCCUUGCUUACUUUGCAUUCAGCCUUCCUUCCACAGAGCUGUAGGCAAGGUACAUUGGAUCCCCCCCCCCACCUUUAGCUUCUUGUCAGCCUGUGAGAUAGACCAGGCGGUGACAUGCCCCUGGCCGCUGGCUUACUACCUGGGGAUUUGAGCCCAGGUCUCGCCAUUCCAAAUCCUCCAUUCACUGCAUCAUACAGGCUUUUCUCGUUCUUUUUAAAAGCACUGCGUAUGUAUGGCGCUGUGGAUUAAACCACAGAGCCUAGGAGUAUUUAAUUUUUGCAAGCACUUAAAGCAAAGUGAAAGUGUAUAACCUGUAAAGGUCUUCACAGCUGGACACCCCCUCUCCCCACUCUUUUUCAAAACUUUGGCUUUGUGAAGGUGCUGUCCUGAGAGGGAUAUUGUUGCUUAUUCAUAGGCAGGCAAGGAGACCAAAGUGGAUGGCAAUUUGCAUUGAACCUAUUUAUAAGUCUGUAAGUGCAGAUUUUGGGAUGCAGGUGGCACUGUGGUCUAAACCACAGAGCCUAGGCCUUGCCGAUCAGAAGGUUGGCGGUUCGAAUCCCCGCGACGGGUGAGCGCCCGUUGUUUGGUCCCUGCUCCUGCCAACCUAUCAGUUCAAAAGCACGUCAAAGUGCAAGUAGAUAGAUAGGUACCGCUCCAGCGGGAAGGUAAACGUCGUUUCCGUGUGCUGCUCUGGUUCGCCAGAAGCGGCUUAGUCAUGCUGGCCACAUGACCCGGAAGCUGCACGCUGGCUCCCUCGGCCAAUAAAGCAAGAUGAGCGCCACAACCCCAGAUUCGGCCAUGACUGGACCUAAUGGUCAGGGGUCCCUUUACCUUUAUGUAUGAUUGGUGAGAUAGAUGUGGACAUUUGUGUGCAUUCACACACUAUAUUGGAUUCUGUGAAUCCUUACCUGUAGAGACAACAACAAUUCAUCAGUGUAGCAGAAAAAGGUGUGUGAACUGACUCUUAGUUAAUACUUAGGCAUCAGAUUUCAUUUCCCAACCUGGAGCUCUCCGGAUGUUCUGGACUACAACUCCCAUCAUUCCUGCCCAUUGACCACACGGUCUUAGUUGGGGUCUGAGACAUCUGGAGGGAGGCAUCCAUUUGAGUAAGGCUGACAUAGGGGUCAAACUCUAUGUAGGCUUCCAAAUGAGAAGAAAUUAUAAGUGCCAUGAGCUAAAGCAUGGGUAGGCAAACUGAGGCCCAGGGGCCGGAUCCAGUCCAGUCACCUUCUAAAUGCGGCCUGCGGACAGUCUGGGAAUCAGUGUGUUUUUAUGAGUAGAAUGUGUCCUUUUAUUUAAAAUGCAUCUCUGGGUUGUUUGUGGGGCAUAGGAAUUUGUUCAUUCCCCCCAAAAAUAUAGUCCGGUCCCCCCCCCCAAGGUUUGAGGGACAGUGGACUGGCCUCCUGCUGAAAAGGUUUGCUGACCCCUGAGCUAAAGUGUCAUUCUGCUACUGCUGUCACCUCUGAGCUUGUUCAUUUUCCAGGAUUACAUUGCCUUUAAUUCCCGAUACCAUAAUGAACUGGUCAGCAACAGUAAAAUUCAAGUCAUCUUCUACAUAUGGGUAAGUUGGAAUAAAAAUGUCUGCUGUACUUUGGUAUGUUGUUUUAGCCGGUAAUAAGUCCACGGGGGAUGUAGGUGUUCUCUGUUUUAUGACUGCACAGCUCCAACACAGAAAUGGUCAGAAUUCAGCCUCCUGGAAAUCCCAGCCAAGGUUCAAGGCUGCCUUUAGCCUGGGUAGUGCCAGCACUUCUGAAAAUGUUGGGGAGGGGCCAUAACUCAGCUUUUGGUUUGCACGCAGAAGGUCCCAGGUUCAUUCAUUAACACAUCCAAUGCAUUUACCCUCCAUUCAUCAGCUGGAAAGGUUCCCAGAAGGCUUGUAGAUCAACAAAAACAAGACACAGGCCCUGCCCUUGUUAUAUAAAGACAUGGCAUGAAAGGAAAAAGUGAUGGGGAGGAAAGAAGAAAAUGAUGUUAGAAGGUUCUUAGAAUAAUAAGCUUACUGGAAAUGGGCUGCUCACAGUGAAGUGGAGGGCUGGGAGACAGGCCUUGGUGGUGUCUGAGAUUUGAUUCUGUUUUUUCCUCCAUGUCUUCUUAGAAUGCCGACAUCUUGCACUACCAUGCUCCGCCCCUGACAGAUAAAGUGAGUAUUGCAUUGAUCACCUUAGGAAUGUACAGAACUGACACCUUUGGAGGGCCUUUGGGCAAGGCGCCCUCCUACUCUUCCUCUAUCUCGCCACCACUGUUGUUGCCAACUGCUGCCCGUCGUUGUCUUCUUCUUUCGCAUGGUGCCCCCUGCUUGCUUGCCAGGCAGAGAGCCAGUGAGGAAGCACGCAGUGGCAUCUGUUGUUGCUCCUCCUCCUCAGCACCACCCAUCAACUGGGGGUGGGGCUCAAAUAUUUUAUGGGGAGGCAAAGGGACCGCAGUCCCUAGGAGUUGGCUCCUAUGUUUUGUGUUACGGUUCUGCAGCAAGCAAAUCCAAAGUCCUUCAGCAAAAACAGGUGACCAGACAAUCUGUGUGCAAACUCACCAUGGCUAGACACCCAGAGGCCAAUUCACACAAUUGGCUGACCCUGGCUAUCUCCAGUCCAAGGCCAGUGUUGUAAACAGUUUAAAGACUUGCCUGUUAGUACCUUGAUGGCGCAAUUAAACUGAAAGCAAACCUUUAAACUGGAGGGUAUUUCGUCCCAUCCAACCCUGCUGCUUGUGUUCAUGUCAUUUGACUCAUUCUGUUUUGAAUGUGUAAUUGCUGAACAAAUAAUAAUAAUAAUAAUAAUAAUAAUAAUAAUAAUAAUUUAUUAUUUCUACCUCGCCCAUCUGGCUGGGUUUCCCCAGCCGCUCUAGGCGGGUUUCAACAGAACAUUAAAAACAGAAUAAAACUUCAAACAUUAAAAACUUCAAAAACUUCCCUAAACAGGGAUGCCUUCAGAUGUCUUCUAAAAGUCGGAUACAGUGGUGCCUCGCAAGACGAAAAGAAUCCGUUCCGCGAGUCUCUUCGUCUUGCGUUUUUUUUGUCUUGCGAAGCAAGCCCAUUAGCGGUUUAGCGGAUUAGUGCUAUUAGCGGCUUAGUGGGCUUAGCGGAUCAGCUGAUAAGCGGCUUAGUGGAUCAGCUGAUAAGCGGCUUAGUGGCUUAACGGAUCGGCUGUUAAGCGGCUUAGCGGAUCAGCUGAUAAGCGGCUUAGCGAUCAGUUGUUAAGCGGCUUAGCGGCUUAGCGGAUCAGCUGAUAAGCGGCUUACCGGCUUGGGAAAAAGGGGGGGGGGAAGGAAAAAAACCCCGCAGGAACUCGCAAGACAUUUUCGUCUUGCGAAGCAAGCCCAUAGGAAAUUCGUUUUGCGAAGCACCUCCAAAACGGAAAACCCUUUCGUCUAGCGGGUUUUCCGUCUUGCGAGGCAUUCGUCUUGCGGGGCACCACUGUAGUUGUUUAUUCCCUUGACAUCUGAUGGGAGGGCGUUCCACUCUGCCCAUCAGCCUGCCCAGCCAAGCAGCAGCAAAUGGAUUAUGAGGGGCUUGGCUGGGUUUGCGGAGAGCAGAAGAGGGCAAAAAUACUCUGCAGUUGUGCUCCAGAAUAUAUUCUGAACCGGCAGCUCAACACAUUUUGUGCAGUCGGAACAAAGGGCUUUGUGCUGCUGGGAACCCGGAGAUUAAUUAGAAGCAUAGAAUUGUAUAGUUGGAAGGGGUCCCAAUGGUCAUCUAGUCCAACCCCCUGCAAUGCAGGAAUCUCAGCUAAAACAUCCAUGACGGAUGCUCACCCAACCUCUGCUUCGAAACUUCCAAGGAAGGAGAGUCCACCAUCUUCCAAGGGUGUCCGUUCCACCGCCAAAUAGCUUUUACUGCCAGAAAGUUCUCUCCCCUCCCUCCAUUUUCAUAACCUUGAGUCAAUAUUUAUUUAUUUAUUAUUUAUUAACUGCAUUUCUAUCCCACCUUUUCCUCCAAAGAGCUCAAGGCAAGUCCGGCUCAUCCAUGAGGCGAGGUGAGGUGACUGCCUCAGGUGGCAGGAUUCACAGGGGCAGCUGAUCUGGCCUCAAAGGAACGUGUUGCCCGCUGCUGCCGACACAGUGGCAGCGAUGGCUGCGCCACAUGCUUUGAAGGGCAGAUCUGCCACCACCUCAGCAGCCCCUUGGCAAAUAGGAGGCAUUGCUGGUCUCCUCCUACCCUUGUUCCCAAAGGAGAGCUUCACUCACCCCUUGUUCCCUGGCGGGAGGGGGGUUCCUUUUGUGGCUCACCUCAAGUGCCAAAAUGUCUUGGCUUGAGGUGGCCUACAUGGUUCUCCUUCAGUCCCCACAGCAACCCUGUGAGGUGGGUUAGGCUGAGAGGCAGUGACUGGCCCAAGGCCGCCCAGUGAACUUCGUGACUGAGUGGGAAUUUGAACCCUGGUUGACCCAGAUCCUAGUCCAACACUCAAACCACUACCUUACACUAGCAUAUGACAGUCUCUCCUUCUUCCUCUCUUCCUUUCUAAUGUUUCCCUCUUUCCUUCUUUCUUUCAGGAGUGUCGUAAGGGGGUGGCCUGGGGUCUUUGCCCUGGUCCUCGGAGCUCCUGCCCACUAUCAUCCUGCCUUUUAAAAACAAAACAAACAAACAAAACUUUGCUUAUAGGGCUCUUGAGCAUGCCUUCAGCCACACAACAUCUCAACAACAAUAACAAUAUAUUAUUUAUACCCUGCCCAUCUGGCUGGGUUUCCUCAGCCAUUCUGGGCGGCUUCCAACAAAAUAUUAAAAUACAAUAGUCUGUUAAACAUUAAAAGCUUCCCUAAACAGGGCUGCCCUAAACAGCUCUUCUCAACUUGCAAACUCAUAAAUAUGAACAACCUAAAGUAAUGGUUGACUCCAUUGAGUACAGCAAAUAUAAUAAAAUUAAGCAUGUGUGUUUGAUAACUGCUGAAGGAGAGCAAAAGUGUGUUCUCUUCUUCAACAGCCCUCACCCCAUUUCCUUUUCCAGUGAAUAAAAGUAUAUUCCAGUUUAGUUAAAUAAAACCUUCAGUCAGCACAACAAAUACAAUUAACAUUUAUAAAUCACACAGGGCAUUUCCCCACAAAUGUACGUGAAAGUGCCUUGGGGAGAGGGAAGGGGAAACAAUUUUAGAGGAUAUUGGAGGUAGGAACUGUUUCCAGAUAAAGAGAACAAAGGAAUGCACAAGUAAUACAUUAGGUUGGCUCAGAGGCUUAAAUCUGUAUUUUCACAUAAAAACUAGCAUAUGCAAUGUUUUGUGCAAAUUGUGCCCUGUGCCUAUGCCCAAGUCUUCCUUCCUCCCUCUCUUUCUCUCUUCCACCUGUUCCCAAUCUCCUUUGUUUCUCUUAGUUAGUUUCUCUUAGUUCUCUUAGGAUAGGGCAGAGGAGCUGUGCUUGCUAUUUGUGCAGUGCUGGGGGUGGGGGUGAGAACCACCAAAAACACACCCACCCACCCUGCCCUCUCUUAUUCUCUGGUAGGGACAGGUGAGGAAUUUGCUUCUAAUGCAAGUCCACUUAAUUCACACUCCCUGAAGCAGUAUGCAAACUGAAACAACGUGCUUGUGUCUGAAUUAGGUGAUGCAGUUUGGCAAGCAAAAACCUCACAUAUUAUGGGACACAGGUCAUAAGAACGUGUAUGUUAUUGAAAGCGAUGUGCAAAAUGUGGUGUGUUGGCUUGCAAAAAUGUGUCCUUUGGAAGGAUUGUGCAGGAAAAUGCAGCUGUAGAAUUUUUAAAAUAAAGAUUCGCCAACUGAUGCAGAAAUGGGGUACAAAUUGACCUUAAAAUUGGAAAAAAAGAGAACUGGAGAGAGAGAGAGAGAGCUCACAUUCUUCGAUCUCUGUUCUCUGCCACUUGUAUGCAUUUGAAAGCCCUUCUGUUGCUGGCUGCUUUGUGUUUUGCUUGGUGGCGAAGGGCAUCUUUCCCUUUCUCCCUUCUCCAGUCAUUCAACAAGGUUGUGGGGAUCUUCAGCCAGACCAUUUUCCACUUCAGCUCUACUCAAGCCAUUACUGGGACCAUGGAAGGGAAGCUGGUGGUUUGGGAUGCCGUUUGCCCUCCCUCCAAGUCUUCUGCUGUGUGCGUCAAACCCUACAACAUGAAAGCCAUCAAGCUGGUGCACUUGCAGCGGGAUGGGAUCACAGUGCUGGCCAUCACAGACAAGUGAGCAGCUUAUCUCUCAGGUUUACGUAUCACAUCUGCCUUGUCGCCUGGGCAUCAAGUGACCAUGCUAGAUCUUCAGGUACCAUGAGCGCAUCCAUGGAAGACCAGCCAGGCCAAGUGGAGAAUCCACAAAAGUAUUCAGCAAAUCCUUAGAUUCCAUAUGUCUCUGGGAGAAGGCCAUCUUAACAGGCCCAUCCUACCCCUACGGGCGGGGGGGGGGGAGGGGAGAACCUGUCACCAGUAGCCCCAGUUAGGGUUGCCAGACCUUCCAGGGCUGACCUGAAACCUUGGGGCUUGCCUGGCCCCCUCCAGGUGGCAGGAGGAGGGCUUGAAUCUCCAGGGGGGUGAAAGGGCCCGUAAUGUAAUGUAAUGUAAUGUAAUGUAAUGUAAUGUAAUGUAAUGUAAUGUAAUGUAAUUUAUUAAAUAGGAAGACAACGUGUGCAGCUUGCAGGCAUCAGCCCAGCAGUAGCCAGCUGCAAAUUAUUGGAUUGACUCUCAGGGCACGGGGUCUGCCUUCCUUCCCUUGUUCUUCCCCUGUCACAUUAACCCCCAUCUCUACACAUAUUGCACAGACUUUCCAGAGUCCACCCCCUAUGACAUCACUGGGGCCCCAUGACAUCAUCAGGGGGUCUCAGGUUUGGGCCCUGAAAUCUUAGGGUCUGGAUGCUUGCUGACCUAGCAACCCCAGUCCAAAUGCAGCCUGCCACUCUUCUGAUCCGAUUCACCCCUCCUUCCACUACUGCGCUACUGUACUGUAUUUAGUUUGGCUGUCAUUUAUGGGACACCUGGUGAGUGUUAAGAGGAGUUCCCCAGUUUUACCCAGCAGAGGGCACUGCUGCAUUCAGGAACAGAGAAAAGUGCAAAAGCAAGGGAUGGAUUGCAUCCCAUGAAAGGGUUGGUUGUAUCAAGGGCUUCACAAGAGACCUGCCAUCCUGUCUCACAAAUAGCACACAGUGCAGCAGCUCUAUGAGAAGACCAAGGCAGCACUAGAUGUGGUUUCAGGCCAAGCAGCUGCCCUGGCAAUGCAGGCAACACAUGAUUUAUCACGGGACCUCCUCUGUCACAAGGGCCAGAGCUUCAACAUCUGUGACAUGGGCUCCCUGGAUCUGAAUUGCUAACUGAACCUCAGAGAGCCAAAGAAUCCCAAGAAACAUAGUUUAGUGCAAGAGCAAGGAAUUGUUUUGCCAAAUUCUCCUCCUUCUCUGUGGUUCUACUAACUGAUUGCCAGCAAAUUUCCCUCUCCCUUGGAAAUAAAUAUUUGGAAUGAGAUUUCCAAAGCACACCUGCCUCAUUCAAAACAAGGCCUGGCCAAAGACGUUUUGCUGCCUGAGGUGAAGGAAGAGAUGGCAGCUGUCAUUCCAUCCCACCUACCAAAACUGUUGAAUUUGGCCUCAACAAUGGCUGCAAGAUGGUUCCCUCUCUCCCAAGUGGUGACAUUAGCUGCUGGCCAGGCAACACAUCUUCUCAGACUUUGGCAGCGUUCGCCACCCUCAGCUUCUGCCUCACUCUUCCUAAUGACGGGGCUGGCCCUCAAAGGAUAAAAGACAGACAUGGUCUGAACAAUAUACAUGAGUAUAACAGAAUAUAAAAAACUGCUUUAUGCUGAGCCAGUAGUCCAUCUAGCCCUAUAUCGUCUACACAGACUGGCAGCAGCUCUCUAGGGCUUUGGGCAGGGGACAUCACCACUGGGGAUUGAACCUGGGACCAUCUGAACACAGGUGCUCUUCCACUGAGCUAUGGCUUUUCCUAUCUACUUUCAAUACUCUGUUGAGGUAGAGCUCUUUCUGAUGACGGACGUUGGUCCUGAUAAUAAUAAUGUCCUGUGCUCCCUAUUUUGUGGCCCUUAGCUGCCAGUAGAAGCCAUUCACAUUAUGUUUGUCCAGAUUGCAGGCAGCAGGUGUGGAGCAGAGCUGUGUGUGUCUUGCACCCUGUUCUGCCCCCUCUGAGCUGGUGUGCUGCGCUCAGGUAUGGCAGAGAUGCUCCCCACUGCUUGUCUUGGGCAUUCAGCUGCAGUCUUGCUGACUUGGAUACAGAGAAUGGUUGCCAAGGCAUUGUGGCACCUGGGGUGACCCACAAAAUGGUGCCCCCGUUCCUGCCAGGGAAGAGGGGAUGAAUGAAGAUCUACAUCAGUAACGGGGGGGGGGGGCGGUUGGUAAAGAUCUACUUCAGAAUCUGCUAACCUGUGGAUCCUGCCCCCUGAGGCACUCCCCUCACCUUGUCCUUUGCCCCAGGAAGCAAAAUGUCUUUGGUCCACCCCUGUAGCUAGGUUUUUCUUUUAAGAGGCAAGUCCAGAGCAAUAGUAUAUUACCUAUUUUAGGUUUUAUUAUUAUUCUUUGUGGCCAAUGUGAUGCCAUAUCUCAACAACAAAUUGAUUUUCCUUUCAGGAAUUUUGUAACCUGUGAUGUCAAAGGCCAUGUGAAAUUCUAUGAUGGAGACCUUCAGCUUCUUCACUGGUACAGCCAGUUUAAACUGGGACGCAUCCGAUCCAUAUCCUUCUCCAAGAAACCUGUGUGUCCUGAGGACACCACCAAAUUCCCCACUUCUUCCACUUUAGCAGGGCUUCCCUUUGUUGUCAGGUGAGAACUGAAGAGAAUCGGGUUUGGUCCCACCCUGCAGGCCUAUUUUCUACUCAUGGUGAUGUUGUCCCAAAAGCUGCCACCACUUAAGGCCGUCUGUGCAGCUUCGCAUUCAUUUUCUGUGUAUAUAUCGGUCACAAAGAGGUAAGUUAUAUAACGAACCGUAUGGAAAAACUGAGAUCAAUGGUAGGCAUUCAGUAAAUAUAAUAUUCACUGUCUCAGCAUGUUACUCUGGAGCAGGCAUAGGCAAACUCGGCCCUCCAGAUGUUUUGGGACUACAGUUCCCAUCAUCCCUGACCACUGGUCCUGCUAGCUAGGGAUCAUGGAAGUUGUAGGCCGAAAACAUCUGGAGGGCAGAGUUUGCCUAUGCCUGCUCUGGAGUAUGAAUCAAAAUUUUGUUUCUUUUUCACGGUGCAGGAAUUUUAUUAUUUCCACGGCGGAUGCGUUGGUGAUCCACGUCAAGACGGAAGGGACAAAAGUCAGCAAGUGCCUAGAGGAGCCCAAGGAGGCCGUCCAUGCCGUCAGCUGCCACCCGAGCAAACCUCUCAUGGCCAAGGGGAGUUUCUGCGGGCUCCUGAAAGUGUGGAACUACAAGAUCAAUAAAUACCUCAUUAGCCGAAUCUUUAAGGGUGAAAGCAUCCAGAGCCUCUGCUAUGACUCCAGUGGUAUUGAUCCAUACUCCUUCCUUUGCAAAAGGCAGAGCUGUAGCUACAGGGGUGGGGGCAGACCAGCCAGGCUUUUUGCCCCGUGUGAAGCCUCCAAAGGGGUGCCAUUGAGGCUCCACACUUGUGUUUGUGCAUGCAAAUGCCUGGGUGUGGGUGUGCCAAACUGGGUCUUUAACCUGCGUGAAAGAAAGCCUAGUUUCGCCCCUGCAAAAAGAAGUCUGGGGACGGGGGAGAUUUUUGGCAGGUUGGGGGUACAGGGUUCAUUUCUUUUGAAGGGAAGGGAGAGUUUGAGUCUAUUGAUGCCUUUGCAAUAAUUCUUUGCAUGCAUACAGCUUAAGCAAUGCUAGUUCUGUAAUUAUGGAUCCUCAGAAUCAGAUUAACUCUUUCUAAGGAAGAAUCCAGGGAAGAGGCCCCAUUGCUGGUCAUUAACAGUGGUUUUUGUUUGUUCUAAUUGCUUCCGCACCAGCAGGGUUUUUUUUUUGGAAUUGUAAUCCUUUUAAUUCACAUUUUUUAAAAAGCAUUAUUUCCAGCUAGCUGCUUUCUAGCAUUCUUUGUGUUGCCCUCCCAUAAUUUUUCAAACCUGAUUUGCAGGAUUUGACUAAUAAAUAAAUAAAUAAAUAAAUAAGUGUACUUGCAGGGCCAAACUACUGAGCUUUUGGAGGGCUACUGUGCCUUUAAUCAGAAGCUUCUUCCUUGUGGAGUCUCCCUCUAUAGGCUUCCUGUUCAACAUAGCUGAAGAAUUGCCCUUUGAGUUAUCUGUUCCCUGUGGAGGGAUGAAGCGUAGGUUCGUUGGUGAUGGCUCUAUCUCUUGAACAGAAUGCAAAUAAGAGUCAGAAAUUACAAGUAGGCAGUUUUUAAUUAAAAUUGCUGGACAGCAAUAAUGUUUAAGAUAGCCCUACGGAAAGAUCUUGUCCAUGCCAAUAUAGCAUUAUAUUAGUUGCCACGAGAAACCAACAUUUUAAUUCUUUCCCACCUAAUUGUGAGGAACCACCCUCUCACCAGUAGAAAAAGAUGUUGCCUUAUACCAGCCAUCGCUGACUUGGUUCCCUCCAGAGGUUUUGUGCUGCAGCUCCCGUCAUCUUCACCAGCACAGAGCUGAUGACAGUGGUUGUCCAAAACAUCUGGAGUAAGCCUGGCUGGGGUCGGCUGCCUUAGAUCAUCCAAUCUUGCUGGGAUGAGAAGUUUGCGGAACAACUAUUUCUCCCAUGCACUUUUUAGGUUCAUUAUUGGCAGCCGGAUUCAUUGAUGGAAGUGUUUACAUUUUGGAUUCUAUAUCUUUGGAAAACGACUGUCCAGAGCCUUUCCGAUAUUCCAGCACUCCCAUCACCGUCAUGAGCUUCUCUCCUGACUCCCAGUAUCUUGCGACUGCUGUGAGUAUUCCUUCCCCUUAUGUGUGAGUCACAUAGCGCUUUACUCCUACAGAAGCAUUUAUUGUAUCUCCCCACAACACAGAAGCAGUCUGAGGGAAAAUGGAAUCAAUGUUUUACUGCAAAUACAAUUCGGCCCUUUCCCCGAGAAGUUCAGAGCAGCGUCCGUGGUUCUCUCACCCUGCCCCCUUGCCCCCAUUUUAUAUCCCUAACAACCUUGCAACAGGCCAGUGACCGCAAUGAGCUUUCACGGCCAAGAAGGGAUGUGAAGCCAUAUCUCUCCAUGCUGGAAGCCCAGGGGCAGAGCACCAGCCUUGCCUGCCGUUGCCACAGGUCCUGGGUUCAAACCCGAUGGCAUCUCCAGAAAGGGCUGGGAGGGAUGGCCGAAAUAUUGGGAAAUUUUGGAACAAGACGGAGAUAGACUGAAAUUGCAGAGUUUUGAAAAACUAAAAAACAAAGUGCGAGACUGGCUUCAUUAUUAUCAAAUAAUGGAGGCAUUUAAAUUAGACAGGAAAAUUGGCUUCCAGGUGGAAAAAUCAAAAUUAGAAACAGAAUUGUUAGAACCCAGUACUAGGAAUCUGUCAAGAAUGUAUAACUUGCUGCUGAAAUGGAAUACUCAAGAUGAAACGGUAAAAUCGGCUAUGAUUAAAUGGGCACAGGACGUAGGACAUAACAUUAUGUUUGCUGACUGGGAACAGUUAUGGUCCACUGGUAUGAAAUUUACGGCAUGUAAUGCCUUAAGAGAGAAUAUUAUGAAAAUGAUAUACAGGUGGUACAUAACCCCAGUCAAGCUGCGAAAAUUUAUCACUUGCCCGAUAACAAAUGUUGGAAAUGUAAAGAAACUGAAGGUACAUUUUUUCACCUUUGGUGGACGUGCCCAAAGAUAACGUCUUUCUGGGAAAUGAUAUAUAAUGAAUUAAAAAAGGUAUUUAAGUAUACCUUCCCAAGAAACCAGAGGCCUUUCUCCUGGGCAUAGUGGGCCAAAUGGUGUUAAAAAGGAUAGAACUUUCUUUAUGUAUGCAACAACAGCAGCAAGAAUACUCAUCGCAAAGUAUUGGAAGACACAAGAACUUCCCACGCUGGAGGAAUGGCAGAUGAAACUUAUGGACUAUAUGGAAUUGGCGGAAAUGACUGGCAGAAUCCGUGACCAGGGAGAAGAGUCGAUGGAGGAAGACUGGAAGAAAUUCAAAGACUAUCUUCAGAAACACUGCAAAAUUAAGGAAUGUUAGAGUGAUGUUGGAUUGAAAAUAAGUGGUUUCCAGCUGUACAGGUUAAAGUUAAGGAUAGAUUAAGAUUAAAGAUCAAGAUUAAAGAUGUUUAAAGAAAUGGAAAUUUGAUAAUAAAAGGGAAAAAUUUAAAGGUAUAUGACAUUAAGAACAAGGAUUAUGUUUAAAAAAGUUGAAGUUAUAUAUUUUAAUAUUUUAUUAAAUUAAAGAUUGGGUUUAAAAAAGUGGAAAAGAAACUGCUGGACAAAUAAUGCAGAUUGGAAUACAAAAGAGGGAGGUAUGAGGAAGUCCAGAAAAUAAGUAAUUUAAAAUUGGGAAUGGAAAAGAGAGUUUGUUUUUAAUUGUUAUGUUUUGUGUUUUUAUUGUUAAAUCUUGUAUUGUUUUUUUUUUGUGUGUGUUGUUUUCCUUUUUUCUUUGUUUAAAACCUUAAUAAAAAAUUAUUUAAAAAAAAAAAAAAGAAAGGGCUGGGAGGGACCCCUGUCUGAAGUGCCGCUGCCAGUCCAUGUAGGCAGUACUGAGCUACAGUGGUGCCCCGCAAGACGAAUGCCUCGCAAGACGAAAAACUCGCUAGACGAAAGGGUUUUGCGGUUUUUGAGCUGCUUCGCAAGACGAAAAUGUCUUGCGUUUUUUGCAAGUUUGUUUCCUUUUUCUUAACACCGUUAAUACAGUUGCGACUUGACUUCGAGGAGCAACUCAUAGAACGCGGUUGGUAGCCUUUUUUGAGGUUUUUGGUGAUUUUUGAAGCUUUUCCAAAACUUUUCCGACACCGUGCUUCGCAAGACGAAAAAUUCGCUAGACGGAAAAACUCGCGGAACGAAUUAAUUUCGUCUUGCGAGGCACCACUGUACACGGAGCAGUGAUGUGACUCAGUAUAGGGCAGCUAUCAAAAUCCAACGCUCUAAACCAUGGGUAGGCAAACUAAGGCCUGGGGGCCGGAUCCGGCCCAAUCGCCUUCUAAAUCCAGCCCGUGGGCAGUCCGGGAAUCAGUGUGUUUUUACAUGAGUAGAAUGUGUACUUUUAUUUAAAAUGCAUCUCUGGGUUAUUUGUGGGGCAUAGAAAUUUCUUCCUUUUUUUUGUCUAAAAUAUAGCCUGGCCCCCUACAAGGUCUGAGGGACAGUGGACUGGCCCCCUGCUGAAAAAGUUUGCUGACCCUUGCUCUAAACAGCUGUGCUGCUGUGGCAAAGGAAAAACGAAAGGAAACGAUUCAUUGAUACAAAGUGGGGUUUUUCUUUAAUUGUCUUUCAGGAUGAAAACAUUUCAUUGAACCUUUACAAACAAACCAUGGUUGAGGGGAAGAAAGUCUGGGACCGCCUGGCAGCCUUGCACUCCCAUUACAAGCCCAUUCGCACCAUUCUCUUUGGGGUUCACUUGGACAGCGAUGAGCCUUGGCUCUUAACUCUUGGCGAAGAUCGACUCUUGGUAGGUGCUGUGAGCAGGACACAGUUUCUGGUCAGGCUGCAUAGUUGCAUAGAGAUGUGUCAGCCUGGAAAGGUUUCAGAGCGGAGCCAUUGGAGGCUGGGAACCAGGGACUUGGGAGGUCAAGCCAGCGGUGCAAGUCAGGUUGCCCAACGGCCAUGACUGGCCUCCACUCUUCAACUUCAGCCCUGUGGAGGUUCAGCAAGGGUAGAAUACCAAGCUCAUUCCACCACACAUUCGGUUGAAUGCAUCAGCAUUUCUCCUAAUGCACGCAUUUUAGUACAGUGGUACCUCGGGUUACAUAUGCUUCAGGUUACAUACGCUUCAGGUUACAGACUCCGCUAACCCAGAAAUAGUACCUCGGGUUAAGAACUUUGCUUCAGGAUGAGAACAGAAAUCGUGCUCCGGCGGCGCGGCAGCAGCAAGAGGCCCCAUUAGCUAAAUUGGUGCUUCAGGUUAAGAACAGUUUCAGGUUAAAAACGGACCUCUGGAACAAAUUAAGUACUUACCCGAGGUAUCACUGUAUGCAUUUUUCGUAAUACAUACCUUUCUGCAAAGCAUCAUUUCCUGUCAGGAGCAAGCCAGCAGUAAGCCACACCAUGCAAGUUGGGCGUUAACUCUUUAUUAGCAGAAACAGGAUCUGCGUAGGACUGUCAGGCCUAAUGAGCACAGCAACGUAUCUCCGGUAGCUCUUGCCCCCAUGAAGCAAUUGCUGAGACUGAAGGUCCCUGCCUCCCUGGAGCUACCUUAGUCCCUUCCUCUCAUAGGUUUUUCCCCAAGCAAUCAGAGAUUGGACUCAGCUAUACAGCUGCAAAUAAAACCUUUUAUGUUCGUUUUAAGUGCAAUAUACCAUGUGACAUCAGAUGGCGAUGGUGAGCCUUAUAGAAUCAUAGAAUCAUAGAAUCAUAGAAUCAUAGAGUUGGAAGAGACCACAAGGGCCAUCGAGUCCAACCCCCUGCCAAGCAGGAAACACCAUCAGAGCACUCCUGACAUAUGGUUGUCAAGCCUCUGCUUAAAGACCUCCAAAGAAGGAGACUCCACCACACUCCUUGGCAGCAAAUUCCACUGUCGAACAGCUCUUACUGUCAGGAAGUUCUUCCUAAGGUUUAGGUGGAAUCUUCUUUCUUGUAGUUUGGAUCCAUUGCUCCGUGUCCGCUUCUCUGGAGCAGCAGAAAACAACCUUUCUCCCUCCUCUAUGUGACAUCCUUUUAUAUAUUUGAACAUGGCUAUCAUAUCUCCCCUUAACCUCCUCUUCUCCAGGCUAAACAUGCCCAGCUCCCUUAGCCGUUCCUCAUAAGGCAUCGUUUCCAGGCCUUUGACCAUUUUGGUUGCCCUCCUCUGGACACGUUCCAGUUUGUCAGUGUCCUUCUUGAACUGUGGUGCCCAGAACUGGACACAGUACUCCAGGUGAGGUCUGACCAGAGCAGAAUACAGUGGCACUAUUACUUCCCUUGAUCUAGAUGCUAUACUCCUAUUGAUGCAGCCCAGAAUUGCAUUGGCUUUUUAGCUGCCAUGUCACACUGUUGGCUCAUGUCAAGUUUGUGGUCAACCAAGACUCCUAGAUCCUUUUCACAUGUACUGCUCUCAAGCCAGGUGUCCCCCAUCUUGUAUUUGUGCCUCUCAUUUUUUUGCCCAAGUGCAAUACUUUACAUUUCUCCCUGUUAAAAUUCAUCUUGUUUGUUUUGGCCCAGUUCUCUAAUCUGUCAAGGUCGUUUUGAAGUGUGAUCCUGUCCUCUGGGGUGUUAGCCACCCCUCCCAGUUUGGUGUCAUCUGCAAAUUUGAUCAGGAUGCCCUUGAGUCCAUCAUCCAAGUCGUUGAUAAAGAUGUUGAAUAAGACCGGGCCCAAGACAGAACCCUGUGGCACCCCACUAGUCACUCUUCUCCAGGAUGAAGAGGAACCAUUGAUGAGCACCCUUUGGGUUCGGUCAGUCAGCCAGUUACAAAUCCACUGAGUGGUAGCAUAGUCAAGACCGCAUUUUACCAGCUUCUUUACAAGAAUAUCAUGGGGCACCUUGUCAAAUGCCUUGCUGAAAUCAAGGUAGGCUACAUCCACUGCGUUCCCUUCAUCUACCAGGCUUGUAAUUCUGUCAAAAACGAGAUCAGGUUAGUCUGACAUGACUUAUUUUUCAGAAAUCCAUGCUGACUAUUGGUGAUCACAGCAUUCCUUUCUAGGUGAUCACAGACUGUUUGCUUAAUGAUCUGCUCCAGAAUCUUCCCUGGUAUUGAUGUCAGACUGACUGGGCGGUAAUUAUUUGGGUCCUCUCUUUUCCCCUUUUUGAAAAUAGGGACAACAUUUGCCCUCCUCCAGUCUGCCGGGACUUCGCCUGUUCUCCAGGAAUUCUCAAAGAUGACUGCCAGUGGUUCUGAGAUCACAUCUGCCAGUUCUUUUAAUACUCUUGGAUGCAGUUCAUCUGGCCCUGGAGACUUGAAUACAUCUAAACUAGCCAAGUAUUCUUGUACUAUCUCCUUAGUUAUUCUGGGCUGUGUUUCCUUUGCUGAAUCAUUUGCUCCAAAUUCUUCAGGUCGGGCAUUGUUUUCUUUAUCGGAGAAGACUGAGGCAAAGAAGGCAUUGAGGAGUUCAGCCCUUUCUGUGUCCCCUGUUUGCAUUUCACCAUCUUCUCCUCUGAGUGACCCCACUGUUUCUUUGUUCUUCCUUUUGCUACGAACAUACCCAUAAAAGCCUUUUUGUUGCUUUUAACCUCUCUAGCAAGCCUGAGUUCAUUCUGUGCUUUAGCUUUUCUGACUUUGUGUCUACACGUGCUGGCUAUUUGUUUGAAUUCCUCUUUGGUGGUUUCCCCCUUUUCCAUUUUUUGUACACAUCCUUUUUUAAUCUUAACUCAGUUAAAAGUUCUUUAGAUAGCCACCCUGGCUUCUUUAGGCACCUUCCAUGUUUCCGUCUCAUUGGUAUUGCCCGACGUUGUGCUUUUAGUAUCUCCCUCUUAACAAACUCCCAGCCAUCAUGAACUCCCUUUCCUUUUAGUAUUAUUGUCCAUGGGAUCUCACCCAGCACUUCCCUAAGUUUUAUGAAGUCGGCUUUCUUAAAGUCAAGAAAUUGAGUCCUAGUAUGCUUGGCUGCUCCUUUCCGCUGUAUAGUAAACUUCAGAAGAGCAUGAUCACUCGUGCCUAAUGAUCCUUCCACUUCUACCCCACUAACCAGGUCAUCAACAUUGGUUAGGACCAGAUCUAAAAUGGCUGUUCCUCUUGUUGCUUCUCCCACUUUCUGGACAAUGAAGUUGUCUGCAAGGCCAGUGAGGAAUCUGUUUGACCUUAUGCUCUUGGCUGAGUUUGACAUCCAACAAAUAUCCGGGUUAUUGAAGUCCCCAGUUACUUAUAUCUCCCUUCCUUUUGCAUGCUUGGCCAUCUGUUCCAGGAAGGCAUCAUCCAUGUCCUCCGUUUGGCUUGGGGAUCUAUAGUAAACUCCCACAACGAGGUCACUGUUAUUCUUCUCUCCCUUAAUUUUGACCCAAAUGCUCUCACUUUGGCUUUGAGGUUCUAAAUCUUGGAUCUCUUCACAGGUAUACACAUCCCUGACAUAUAACGCCACUCCUCCUCCUUUCUUGUCUGGUCUGUUUCUCUGAAAUAGAUUGUAUCCCCCAUUAUUACAUUCCAAUCGUGGGACUUAUCCCACCAGGUUUCAGUGAUGCCUAUUAUGUCAUAUUUAGUUUGCUGUACCAAGAGCUCAAGCUCAUCUUGUUUAUUUCCCAUGCUUUGCGCAUUAGUGUACAGACAUUGAAGUCCAUUAAUCAUUCCCCGUGUUUCUUAUUUAAGGAUUUUUCCUCCCACCACUAGGUCUGUGUGCUGUUUGCUCCAUUUGGUCUAUGACAUUUGGAUGAUCAUCUUCAUCAAUUGAUAGACUCCUACCUUCAGGAGCACUGUCUCCCUCCCCACAUUAGUCAGUUUAAAGCCCUCCUGAUGAGGUUUCUGAGAUUUUUGGCAAAAACAUUCCUCCCAACCGUUGUGAGGUGCAGCCCAUCGCUUGCCAGAAGUCCAUCUUCAAGAAACUGCAGUCCGUGAUCUAAGAAUCCAAACCGUUCCUGUUUACACCAUUUGCGAAGCCAGCUGUUCACUUCCACUAUUUUCCCCUCUCUCCCUGGGCCACGUCGUUCAACUGGGAGGACAGAUGAGAUGACAAUUUGUGCAUUUAAUUGCUUCAACUUCCUGCCCAGAGCCUCGUAGUCUCUUUUGAUCUUCUGGAGGCUAUUGCUCGCAGUGUCAUUGGUUCCCACAUGAACCAAGAGGAAGGGGUAUUUGUCAGUGGGUUUUAUGAUUCCUUGCAGUCGUUCAGUUACAUCUUGGAUCUUAGCCCCGGGGAGACAGCACACUUCCCGAGACAUCUUGUCAGGCCCACAGAUCACUGCUUCUGUUCCCCUCAGUAGGGAAUCCCCAUCACCACUACACGCCUCCUCUUAGGUUUGGUCGGGGUUCUUCCGUGAGCUGUCCGUUCCAAGGUCGCCUGCACAUUCCCUGAGGACUGACUUUGCUGCUCGUCUUCAUAUAACUGAUCAACUGUAAUGAGGAGAGAUCCUCAAAUGGAGUCUGCUCUUCGUCUUCCAUGCUAGGGGAGAGGACCUCAAAGCGAUUGUGUAUUUCUAAACAAUCAGAGCGAACCUUGGGCCUCCUACUUCUUUGAGUCACGUUUCUCCAUAUAUCUGGCUCCUGUGUUGGAAAACUCAAUAUUUUUUUUUUUAAAAAAAGCAUUUUCAGAACGUUUUUUAUAUGUGUGUAGAUUCCAUCACUGUGUCUGUGUGUCGCCAAUCUCUCAUCUGUCCUUUUCAUGGUUCUGGGAGACAAAGUGAGAGGGGAGCUUGUUGCAGCAGGAGGGGAAGAUACUGUGACUCUUCACCAGCCCAACUCAUCUCUGCCUCAUGGCCUCGCUCCUCCCCCGCUUCAGCUUCUAACUCUGAUUCUGGACUUCUCUCUGCCACAGACUCUCCCAGCUCACUAAGCCCAGUUACAGUACCUCCUCAGUUUUCGACACCUCCUCCUCCCAGUCUUCUUCCUCUUCUCCCUCUGACCACCCAUCGUUGUCCCACCACCAGUCCCCAGGCACUGAGCCAUCCUCCCUUGGAGAUUCCCUUGGGGCUUCCCCAGCUUGCUCCUCCCACCAUUCCUCUUUGUCCAACAAAUCCAUGACAUUUCCCUCCUAAGGAUGCAUCAUGGUUUGUUAGUUUCACUAAUCUGUGCAUUUUUUGCAUGCUUUACUUUGGCACGUGCAUUUCUAUACACAUUACUUGGCUGGAGAACUGCAUUAUGAAAUCCAGAAAAGUGCAAAUUUUGAAGGAGGGUUCUGUUGCAGUUUCAGAAAAUGUACAUUUGCUAGAUUCAUCUUUAAACGUUAACUGGAUCGAAUUUCUCUCACGUCCCUAGUUCGAACACAGUUCCUCCACACCCCCAGUGGAGUCACUUUCACACAUUCAGCUUCAGGGAAACCAAGUGAUGGACACAGAUGUUUGGACACACACACCCCAUCACUGGGUCUCUGUUACCUUGUUUCCAGGUGGAAUAUGACCUGGAGAAGAGUGUCAAGGAUGAGCUGGUUGUCAUCCGAAGGGACCGCAUCGAACAACAUGCCGUCCCCAGGUGCAUCACCUGGUACCCACCUCUCACCACAGAAUAUUUUUUCCUCACUGCCAACGAUCAGUACAAAAUGAAAAUGUAUAAUGUAACCACAAGAUUGUGCAGGUAACCUGGUAAAUCUCUGGUUUAUUUCUUCCGUCUCUCCUGCAAUUAUCCCACUCCUAUCUCCCUGUAAGUGCUGUGUUUGUGUGUCUUUCCAAGUGCAACUCCAGACAACCAGGGUCCAGCACCAUCUCGCCACCUGCACUCCCACCAAUGCACUGUUUCACAAAGCCGAUUGAGCUCUAUGCAGCAAUGGCCCCACCUCAGCUGCAGUGUCAGCCCUGCCACCUGCUCAGUUGCAGUCUUCUUGAGCUUGACCUCCCCCCCCCCCGAGCUACAAUAUCUUAUCUCUGGUCCAUCUGACCUUUCAUAGCUGCUUCUGAAACACAACCCUUUCCUUCCUGGUCACACAGCUUGCUGACGACUAGCUUCCCUGUGGACCCUGGUACCUUAUCCCCUAGACAAAGUCUGAAGAACCUGAGGUCUAUCAGAUGUGGUUGUACUCCAGCUCCCAUCAUCCCUGUCCACAGGUUCCUUUCGCAGUGCUGAAACUCCUUCCUCCAUUAACUAGGACUGUAAGCUUUAAUUUGUAGAUUAAUCAACUGACAUUUCAGUUGAUUAAUAAGUAGGAGCCCAUUGUUAUCAUUAGGGAGGAAAGUUCAGAGCAUGUGGUUCCUUUUUUACUUUAGUGCAAGGAAUGAAAAGCUGGAUACCAGGCUUUGCCUACCCUUUUCUUCUGACAUGGAAUGGUAGUUUAUAUUUAUUAAGUUAUGAGUUAAUUUGACCUAUCUCCAAAAACAAUGCAUUCUAUACCCGGAUAUGCAUAUAUUAAUGUAUAUUUAAUAGAUUGGGUAGCGCAGGGGUUACUCAAGAGAAACUAGUCUGUGGGGAGUGAAGGGGUGCCAAGGAUUUAUUAGAUGACCACAAUACAGGAUUUUAAUAUACGUGGGGCAAUGGCAAAUAUAUGUUUUUGUGGGGGCGGGGAGAAGGUGGAAUGCCUGCUAUCCUUCACUAUCCUUAGGUGUGAUCCCUGGAUUAAUUUGUUAAAGGUCAGGUGCUCAAGCGCUCCUGUUGUUGCUUUGUUUAUUUUAGGAAGACUGUUGUGGGACCAGCCUAUGGCUCCCCCCUGGAGAAGAUUCUGGUGCUUCCACUCGCAGAGGGACAUGAUCCUCAGAGACGGUACUUGGCCUACAUUACAAAAGACAAGGCAGGUGAAGGUCUUUGGACCAGCCCCAUCCUGAGUCCCUUCGAGGCCUGGGAUAGGCUCCCAGUUCGACCUCUGCCCUCCUCAAAAAUUAGGGAGGCUUGCAACCGACAUUGGCGAUGGGUCAGGAACAGCCGUGGGGUGUUGAGCACAUUAUUGUACACAAUCCCAGGCACAGUUGCACAGAACAACCACAAAAAGUGCUACAAGGAACAUUGCCGUGAUCUUUUGUCUUUAUCAUAAACUACUUAUUUUUGUCCAUAUAUUGUUGUCAAAGUCAUAUGCUUUGAGGCACAUUGUUGUGACAUCCCAGGUUCUCCCAACCCAGUCGGCUCCUUUUUCAAAGCCAUUAUGGCAGGGAAUACCCAAAUCUGCUGGCUUUUGUUGGCCUGUUGCACGACUCCAACUGUCCCCUCAGUUCCUGAACUGCUGACAGAUGGCCAAAAAGAUGUGGCAAUCUUCAGCUGCCCUUGGUAGGCCUCUAAAUUCCCCAAAGAGGUCUUCUCGCUCAACUUACCUGCUAUGGUGGGAACAGCAGUGGAGAAUUCCUUGGCCUUAACACCAAGGAUGGGGGAAUCCCUGGCCUUCCAUACAUAGAACUGAAUUCUAGAAUUGUAGAGUUGAAAAGGACCCUGAAGAACACCUAGUCCAAUCCCCUACAUUGCAGGAAUAUGCGGCUGUCCCAUACGGGGAUUGAACUUGCAACCUUGGCAUUCUCAGCACCAACCAACUGAGCUAUUUCUCCAUGUUGGACUCCAACUCCCAUCAGCCUCAGCCAGCCCGGCCAGUGGCCAAGGGUGAUGGGAGCUGUAGUCUGGCAUCAUCUGGUGGGUGGCAGGCUCCCCAUCCCUGGUGUAUACUCUAGGCUGUGGAAUGGGGAGGCGGACUAGGUGAGUCUUUGGGGAGAGUCACAUCAGGUUUUCUGGAUUCUUCCCUAGGUCGGCCUGCAGAUGCUGCCCAUAGAUGGGAACCCGCACAAGUCCUCAGCUUUCAUUUGCCACCCUUCAGGCGUCACCAACUUGGAGUGCUCCUACGACGGGUGCCACCUCUUCACGACGGGGGGUAACGACUUAACUGUGAUGAAGUGGGACAUUAAUUUAGUGUAAGUCGCAGCAGAGCUUUCACUUCCCCUGAUCAAUGCUGGGAUGGCCAGCAAGGUUGACUUGCAGAGCAAACCACUGAGGGUUCUGGGAGGAGGGAAGCAAUUCAGUCCGAUUUACAUUUAAAGGGGGACUUAACUAAUUCACACUUAUCGAAACACAGCCAUCCUUAGAAACUUUCACUUCUCCAAAUUUUGCAGUGCAGUUCUACGGCCAAGUAAUGUGCACAAAAAUGUAAACACAAGGGUAAAGUGUGCAUUAAAAUACAUGUCUUAAUUAAAAUACAUAUAUUAAUUUCAGUUAGAGGGAAGUGCUUAGUGUAAGUGUGUUUAUUAGAAGAAAUCCACAAGAAAUGCUGAUGAGGACUUAAAAAAUUAUUUUAAUGCAAACUGAUGUGGAAAUGUGGAGAAGUGAACUUAUAUUUGAAAAAUGAGAAACUGGGAGAAAUUGAGAUGAAACUGAAUUGUCCCUCCCCCCACCUGAGAGUGCUCUUGAGUGUGGGUAAAAGGCAUUAUCCCAAACUGUCUAGGAUGCAGGGCUGGCCCUAUCUAUUUACUUACUUGUUUGUUUAUUAAAUGUAUAUACAGUCAUACCUUGAGUUGAAUGUGCUUCGGGUUGAGCGUGUUCGAGUUGCGCUCCACGGCAACCCAGAAGUAACAGAGCGCGUUACUUCCAGGUUUCGCCGCAUGCGCAGACGCUCAAAAUGACAUCACGCACUUUCACGGAAGUGGCGAAACGUGACACGUGCAGACACACCGUCGCGUCCUGCGUUCCAUCCGGGAUACGAACGGGGCUCUGGAAUAGAUCCCGCAUCCCGAGGUACUACUGUACUGCCCUUCAUCCUAAGAUCUCCUCAGGGCAGUUCACAGAAUAAAAUACAACAACAACCCUACCAUUAGGCAAAGUGAGGUGGCUGCCUCAGGCCGUGGGGGCAGCCCCCUUGCUGUUUCUUUCCUGAGCCUCUACUCCUGUACCCGCCUGCUGGAGGACAAAGCUGUGUAUGGUCUCUCCUUCCCCCACAUCAUGAACCUGCUGUCCUUCAGCGCAGGGGAAACCCUCUCGUUGCCAGAACUGAAGUCGGAUUCCCUUGCCAGUCCAGUCGCCACUUAAAUGGAUCUCGAGUAGCAGGGCUAGGAAGGCUGCUUAUCCGCCUGAGAUUUUGGAGAGUUGCUAUUAGAGAACAUGGGCCCCAGCGGCAUAGCAAGACCCUUUUUGGGGCACCGCUGGGCCUGCAGGGAGUCUGAGUUGCCACAUCCCUCCCAGGCACCUUCCUGCUGGAGGGCACUCAGGAGGGACACGGCAGCUUGGACCCAGUGCUGCCCAGGACGACCCACCCCUUGCGCAUCCCCUAGCUAUGGAUAGGUGGUAGCUGAAAGCACUGCAGGAAUUGUAGGAUAUUUUCAGCAGGUUGUGUGUGCUAUGCCCGGGCAUUCUGGGGUGUGUUUUUUGUAGGGGGUGUUCAAAUGCUUGCCACUUGGGGUGGGAGUGGGGUAAAAAUGCUCCCCAGGACACUCCUGGCAGUCAGCUGUGGGGCCACUGCUAUAGGGUAGAGGUGGGGAACUUGUGGCUCCCGAUAGGUGGUUGGUCAACAUGGCCAGUCGCCAGGGGUCAUGGGAACUGAAGUCCCGCAACAUCUGAAGGGCCACAGGUUCCCUCUCUGCACCCUGCUUUAGGGCAUCUGGCUAACUAGCAUCAGAGCAAGCAGAAAAAGUACAAUUGCAGUGGGACAGCUGUACUAGUAAUAUUUUCUCCACGCAGGUGCAUACAUGCACACUCUUUGUCUAUGUGACUUAAUCGGUUGGAGGUCCAGCCUGAGCAAGAUUUAAACGAAGGCACUAGAAUAUAAAUGAUCCUUCUUUGUAAUUGUUGGCUGGAGUCCAGGCAGUUUUGAACAGCUUUGUAGUUUGUUUAUGGAGGAAGGAGCUUUAUGAGCUAAUUAGUGGUUUACUGCUGCCUUUGGCAUCUUCUGUGUGUCUGCAAUAUUUAAUGUCCAAGUUUAACUUAAUUAUAUAGAGAAGCAUCAAGCGUUUUGAUCGCAGAAGGCACAGCCACAUCCAGGGUGCAGGCGCAUGGAUCAAAAUUUAUGCUGCUCUUUGAGGCUGAAGCAAGAGGAAAUAUUGGAAAUCAUUCUGUGCAUGCAUGACACCAAGCUGUGGUUUGUUUUAACUAUAGUUUGUUCAACAAGCUGCAGACCUUCACGCAGGUGGGCAAAGGUUUCUUUCCCCAAAGCAUGGUUUGUUUUCCAGCUUGGCAAAUGUCUGGGAUGGGGCACUAACCAAACCAUGGUUAAGCAUGGCUGUUAGUUAAGCGUGGGCAGGACUGGAACGACAACAUAUUGAUAAGGAGAAUAAAUUUACAAUAAAGCAGGGCAAAAUACCAUUGCAAUUACAAAGUGUAGAACUUCAGCAAGGCUUGCAAACAACCAUACAAAAAUAAUUUGUAAGCCUUGCUGCAAUUUACACUUUGUAAUUGCAAUGAUUUUUUUUGUCUAACUUGAGCUAAUGCUGAGACCAUGUGCUGAUUUAUUGAAUGAAGCUUUUGGGUUUCCUGAAGCGAAGAGUGAGAGCCAGGACAAGUGGGUUCAGGCUGACCAGAAUAUGCGUCCUUGAACUCUGGUCAUGCUCUCGCUUGUCUGGAUGGAGGGUAGAGAGGGACGUGUGUUUGUGUAGGAACCAGACUACUAAGGUAAAACCCACAUUUAUUGCUUCACCCACUUCUGCAUCUGGCCCACUGGAGGUUGUUCAGAAGGGGAUGUGGCCCUUGGGCUGGAAAACAUCCUCCAUCCCUGCUAUAUUCAAUCAUGCUGGGAUAUGCAGGGAUUUUAGUUGCACAGAACUCCUCAUCAGGUGGUGAGGGGGAUAUGAAGCACUCUUCAAGCAGCCCAGGCUCCACCCCGGUUCAGUUAUCACCUUUUCAUUAGUGUCUCCAGUGAGAUGCUCAGAUGCAAAGAAGGCAGCGCGAACUGGAUUCUUGCCUUGGCUCCUGCAGGGAUGGGCUUGGAGGCUGAAGGAUUAAAUUAAAUUAAAUUGAACUGCGGGAAUUGAGGGCUUUCAUUAUUUCUGUGUGAGGUGUGUGUGUGUGUGAUGCCUAGAGUGAGACAUGUGGACUCUUUUAUAUAUUUAUUUUUUUGUGUCUUAUGGGGGUGAGGGAUUGCUAUUUCAUGUGCUCAGACCAGAAGGGGAGGAGGGAAGCACACAGCUGGAAAAUACAAAAUCAGCACAAAACUAUCCUAUGCCCCCAGCCUCCUUGGAAAUACUACCUGUAGCAAGCAAUCAGAAGCUUCUGUUUUUGUUGUGAUUGUCAGUAUGUUUUUAAUAGAUCAUAUAUACGUGUGUACAGAUGUCUCCCCACAUACAUGCGUUCAACCUCCUUCUAUGUGUGGUGCUGGGAAAUAAAUAAAUAAAUUGAUUUAAAUUGCGAAAAGGUCUGAAAAGGGCAAAAACGGUCCAGAAAGAGGGGGGAAACUGCAAAAACCGUGGGAAAAGAGCUAGCAAUCCCAGGAGCCUUUGUAACUAUAAUCCUAUUGUGGCCUUGCACCAACCUCUGAGACAUGUGGAAAGUUGGAGUUUGUGAAAUGAGGUUUGGAGGGAGCGAUUAUGGUGGAGUUUGGAAGAUUUUUGUAGAUUUCCAGAGGUCUGGAUGAUGUUCUCCACUUUAUGCGAUUUCACGUACAUGUGUCUGACAUCGUACACCCAGGGGGUGUGCAGCUGCCCCCCUAAAUGAAGUACCAGGAAGGCGAGAGGACCCACACAGCUCCCACAUGGCCCAGCUCUCCUGGAACAAGGGUUCAAGUCCCACCUAGGGGUGGCAAGACUCUUUUGCCAAGCAGCCAAGGGGAGGGCCGGGAGAGGCAACAAUCACUGCAUUGGUCAUGUGGUCAGAAAUGAGAAGAUGGAGGUUCAAGCUCCCCCAGGUGGUAGAAAACAGCAUGGUCCCACUCAGCUUUUGAAUCCCUGGCAACAAAGUACAGUGGUACCUCAGGUUACAGAUGCUUCAGGUUACAGACGCUUCAGGUUACAGACUCCACUAACCCAGAAAUAGUACCUCAGGUUAAGAACUUUGCUUCAGGAUGAGAACAGAAAUCGCACGGCGGCAGUGUGAGGCCCCAUUAUCGAAAGUGGUACCUCAGGUUAAGAACAGUUUCAGGUUAAGAACGGACCUCCAGAACAAAUUAAGUUCUUAACCCGAGGUACCACUGUAAAAGGGGUGGAAAUUGGGCCCAUUUCUGGGGCUGGUGCAGAAUUCCGCCCCCAACAGGGUGUGGCUUGAAGGGGUAGAAGAUUCAGCGUGGUGGUGCUCCUCCCCAUCGUUUUCAGCGGUUCCACCUGUAUAUUUGAUGUAUUCUGCUGGCAUGUCCGUCAUGCUUAUGGUACCGGUAUAUCUCAAAGCUCCUCCUCAUACAGCAAAACUCAAGUAUAGGAUUGCACCCUUUAGGCUUUUUUGGAAUUGCACGGGAUAAUUUUAAUUUUAAGGACCUGUUUUUCAGUGCAGUAGGUGGCAGGGGCAAUGGGAUGUGUGGGGCUCCUGUCUCACCCCUCUCCUCCAGACGUGUCUUUGUUGCUCCUCCUAGUGCUCUGGAAGCAGCUUCUUUUCUGGGGGGUGAAGAUUUGAUCCCAUUCUACAACCUUCUGGAAGGUGGCAGAGAGGGCGAGUUUUUCAAGGUAAGACUUGCAUGCUUUCCUUAUUUAUAGCUUUGCUCCUCUGCCUUUCCACGUCCACACCCUCAAGGCAGCUUACAAUAAGUCGAUAAAUGAAAUACAUAUCACCAAAAAGCAGCAGUAGAACCACAUAGAUAAAAAGUGACAGAGUCCAGCAUCAGCCCAAGAUGCAAUGCUGCCUGAAGCAACUCGUUCCAUGCAGAGAAGCUGACUGGACUGGUGGCUGAAUCUUAUCCCAGUGCUCCAACCCCUUCCUUUGGCUUCCUGACCCCAUCCAUGCGCCUGCUGCUUCACGCUGGAGAGGGCCAGCCCUGGUGAGUCAGCAGGUGAAAGCAGCAGUCAAAAAUAAGGAAAAGGACUGUGACUAUAAUUAAAGCAGAAAAUAAACUUCGCCUGACCCCUUAACGCUAACGGAAGUGGUACCAAGCAAACUUAUCUGGGAAGAGCUUCCUGCAGUUUGUGCACCACUGUAGAGAAAACUCUCCGGCAGCCACCUUCCUAAGCUCAGAAGACAGGUAUACACAGAUAAAGGCUUUUGUAAAAGGUAAAGGGACCCCUGACCAUUAGGUCCAGUCGUGGCCGACUCUGGGGUUGCGGCGCUCAUCUCGCUUUAUUGGCCAAGGGAGCCGGCAUACAGCUUCCGGGUUAUGUGGCCAGCAUGACUAAGCCGCUUCUGGCAAACCAGAGCAGCGCAUGGAAACGCCGUUUACCUUCCCGCCGGAGCAGUACCUAUUUAUCUACUUGCACUUUGACGUGCUUUUGAACUGCUAGGUUGGCAGGAGCAGGGAUUGAGCAACGGGAGCUCACCCCGUCGCCUUCUGAUCGGCAAGUCCUAGGGUCUGUGGUUUAACCCACAGCGCCACCCACGUCCCUGACGAAGUUCCUAAUCAGUGGGAAGCUUCAUUGAAAGAAAGUGCUCCUUUAGAUACCUCACCCCCCCCCCCAUAUUGUUUCCCAUUUUAAAGUUCAAAAGAUAUCAGAGGAGCCUGGCUCCUGGAGAAGACCCAAGGCACAUCCUGUUCUCAAAGGAGCCAACCAGAUGCUCGUUAUGGGAAGCCCAAAAGCGAAGCAGAAGCACAAUGGCACUCUUCCUUCUCAUGUUCUCCAGCAACUGAUAUUCAGAGGCUGUCUCAGAUACUGGAGGCACUAUUGUAUUUCAAAUCGUGCUUCCAGUGAAUGCUGGAGUAAUAUGUUCCUUGCUGCUGGGUCCCACUAGCAAGCCACAUUCUGCACCAGUUUCCAAAUGCUUUUCAAAGGCAGCCCCAUGUUUCACCUCCCCCAGAUCCAAGUGCCCCAUUGAAGGACCCCAGAACCCUGGAGCCAGCACUGUUUCAAGAUCCAGCCAUUAUUGCAUAUCCAGUUGGUUGCUUUGCACAUGGGGUCAUUGCAUUUUACCAUUUAUACUUGAUCCCUUCCCCCCAACUACAUGUUUUUUAAAAGAUGAAACAUGAACCGAAUGUCAGGGUUCAAGUUUAAAGGAAAUGGCUAUUAAUGAUAUCAUUUAUCUAGCUAUCUAAUUCAUCACCUUUUGGGUUUUCCAUGCCACAAAACUCCGUGUGCCUUUUUCAUAAAAUCCCAAAGCUGGAAAGGAUCUCAAAGAUCAUCUAGUUGACACCCACAGACCGCUGCUGAUGCAGGAAACCCAUUACUACACAAUCCCUAAUUGGGGGCUAUCAAACCUUGCGCUUAAAAGCUUCUGAAAAAGAAAGUUGGCCAUCUUCUAUGGCAGUGUGUCGAACAACUCAUGAAGCCAGGAAAUCCUUCAAAAUGUUAGAAUAUCCCAAUCUGAGCUGAUUGGUUCCAUUCCUACCCUCUGGAGCAAGAGAAAAGAAAUCUGCUCCAUUAUGUAUGUGGCAGUAAAUGAAUAUUUGAAGGUGGCUACCCUGUUACCUCUCUUAACCAUGUGCUCUCCAGGCUGAACAGACUCUGCUCCCUCACCUUCUCCUCAUGGGCUGUGUAUUACAUUUCCCCCUCCUCCAGGAGCUGGAAGACUAUUUUUAUUAUGCUCAGCUGCGUCAUCAAGGUAUCGACACCAUGGAACCCAGAAAGGUGUCCACACACAUCCCUUUGGAGCAAAUCCCUUUUGUCAUGCGCGCCAUGGGCUUCUACCCAUCUGAGGAACAGGUCAGUAUUACUACGGGGGAGAGUUGCACAAACCUGUACGUAGGAACAGAAUGGAAGAAUCCGUCCAUUUUGGUUCUCUCCCCACACAAUGCCCCCCCCCCCCAUGUUGGGCGCAACUCGGUGUCACUGUGUCCUGACGUUGCGGGGCGUGCUGGGCACCCACCGUGUGGGGCCUAAGUUUUGGCACCCCUAUUUUGGGGGGGUGUAUUAUAUAUGGGGAAAUGGCUUGCAAAAAAUUGUAAAGCAUGAAAAAUAUCCUAUUAAAAUAUGUAUACGAUCAGAAAUUUGCACUAAAUUUCUCAACGUAUACAUACAUAUACUGACAGUAGUCAGAAACGUUGAGAGCUGAAGACUGGGGAAAUGAUUCAUAUAAGGGCCCUGUGCUGGUUUCCUGCCGUAAAUUCCACCAUUCCAGCUACCGCAUUUUUCGCUCUAUAGGACGUACCCGACCAUAGGACACACCUUGUUUUAGAAGGGGAGAACAAGGAAAAAAAAUCUUCCCCUCUCUGCGCAGUGCCCCUUCAGCGAAGCAGCAGGAGAAACGGAGCCCCUUCCAUUUUUCCUCCCACUUCGCUGAAGGGGCGCUGCACAGCUCUCCCUCUCCCACAUUGCCUUCGCCUUCAGUGAAGGCAACCCGAAGCCUCUGGAGCACAGUAGGAGUUCCCGCUGCGCUCUGGAGGCUUCAGGCGGCUAUCUUUGAAGCCUGGAGAGCGAGAGGGGUCAGUGCGCAUCGACCAGGCUUCAGUGAAGGCAACCUGAAGCCUCUGGAGCAUGGCGGGAGCGCUCCCACUGCGCUGCGGAGGCUUUGCGUUGCUAUCGCUGAAGCCAAGGAGCCUGCAUUCGCUCCAUAGGACUCACACACAUUUCCCCUUAAUUUUUGGAGGGGAAAAUGUGCAUCUUAUAGAGUGAAAAAUAUGGUAUAUGCCACCAAAGGUACUGUUCAGGUACUGCAAGCAGUGGUGAUUGCAGUGCUUUUUUUCUGGGGGUACUCAAGGGUGCGCAGUACUGGUACCUUCCCCACCCCCCAGUGCUAAAAGUGUGGCACUUACUGCAACACUUCAUGCUGAGUACUGACAACUUUUUUCCUUAAAAAAAGAGUACUGAGUGGUUGGAUAUAUUUUUGAUGUGAAAUUGGCACAGAUACCUGCCAUCUCAAGGUAGGGCUGAAAGAGACAAACCUGGAGAGCCACUGCCAGUCAGUGUAUACAGUACUGAGCUAGAUGGACCAACGGUCUGAUUCUGCAUAAAGCAGCAGCUUAUGUACUGAGCCAGAUGGCACUGCAUUGAAGAGAAGGGGUUUCCAGGGAGACCCAGAAGCUCCCUUUGUAGGUUUUCUUGUGCAUGCCUAUUUUUUCAGAGCAAUCCUAUAGGCAGUUGCUCAGAAGCAAUGAAAGUGUGCGUCAAUGAUUGCAGCUGUAUCUCUUCUGUCACUUAGGGAUGGCGGAAACCACCAAAGGGCAUUGCUGGCGGGUAGUCCUGAGGGUGGGAAAGACAGGGACAGAGCAGGAAUAGUAGCAAAACAAGGUGCACGUUGUGGAAGCCCCACUGAGCCAAAAGUUUCCUUGUGUUUCAGGAUUGCACAGGGCUGUGGAGACAGUUCAGCCCAAGCAGCAUCUUCCUUUUGCAGGCUCUGUGUGUGCUUUGAAGAGAAGGUGCCUGUGGGUGGCAGAAGGACAGGAAAAGCUCUUCAAGGGUGACCAAACAUGUAGCCCAGUUCCCUGCGCAUUGUAGCGUAGCGGGGAGGGUUCAUGGCCUACUUCCCUCCGCUGAGCAGAAAUGUGCAGGCACAAUAAGAACAGCGCUGGAGCUGCCCCACUUUUAUGAAACAGCCAGAGGGUGUGAAAAGAGAACCAGCUCUUCUCCCCACCUCACUAAUCCUUUGCGACUCCUUUCUCCCUGUGCAUGCCAUAUCCUUGGGGAAAUGCUUCUUGGGGAUGAUGAGGGUCGUGAAGAGAAACUGAUAUUUCUAAUUUUAUGGCGGGAGCAGUAAUUAUUAUAAUAGCCUUGCAAGUGGCGUCACUUCUCUUCUUCCUUCUCAUUCAUAAAUCUAUUUUCACUCCUAACAGAAUCUGUGUUAUCAGGACCAGAUCUGAUUAUCUGGUAUCUGUGGCUGGUAAAUCACCACCUCUGUUUUUCCUUUUCAGGAGGUUUUUAUUGAGGGGUGUGUGCAUUUAUUUAUUUAUUUGGUUUCUUAAAACAUAUAUGCCACAUGGUUGUGAAAAACAUCAAAUUGUUUUUUUUUUAAAGAAAUGCACACCAACUUUCCACAUAUCUGGGGAAGCUUCUCUAAACAAAAAGGUUUUUAGCAGGUACUGAAAAGAGUCUAGUGACAGUGCCUGCCUGAUGUCAAUAUGCAGGGGGUCCCAAAAUGUAGGUGCUGCCACACUAGAAUUUGGAUUCCUUAUAAAUUCAGAACAUCUGUAACAGUGCCAGUUCUGCAGAUUGAAGCAGUUGAGUGGGCAUAUAGCGGGUUACUAGAGAGAAGCAAUUCUUCAGCUUCUACCCCAAUACCCAAGUUUCUAAAAGUUAAAUCUCUAGUUAUGGAAGGUGCAUCAUUCUCUAGGGUUCAUGCCUGUUAAUGCAUGUACAUGACUUCCAAGCUUGCAUCCCCUUGAGCUCUUUAACACUGCUGAAGUAUGGUUUCCCCACAAUUAUCUGGAAGCAGAAUUAAAACAGAGGUUCCACACAGCAUUUGCUUGUUCCUAUACCGUAAUAUUAAACCAUGGUUUAGUUUUAUGUCUGAAAAAGGCCGUUUGUGCAAACAAUGCUUUGUAUGGUUUUUCUGCUUUUCUGGACAAUUCUCAGAUGCUGCUCCAAACAGUGGCCCACAAGCGUGGAGCAACAUUAGAAACAAUGGUCUGUCAAUUCAGAUGUAACAGCAAACCAAUUUGCUUAAACUGAACUGUAUUGUAUUUGUAUAUUUUACUGAUUUUGUAAACCACCCAGCAGACUUUGGUACACAGAUGGCAUAGAAACGGAACAAAUAUAUAUUUGGACAUCAUUGCAAACAGCGGCAGCCAAAUGGUUAAGACUCAGAGGGAACAUCAUGCAAACCAUUUAUUCCCAAUCCUUCUGAGCAUGGGUUGGAGGGCUGGGAAAUGUGACCUCUCUAGGCGGCAAAGUGUUCCUUUUUCAGUGGCCAUGAAAUGUCUUUUAUUGUUGCCUUGGCGCAGAAUGUCAAAGCAUUCCAGUGGCGUCAGUAUCUCCGUUUACAAAGGCACAUUUUUAUUCCUUUAGAUUGAAGACAUGCUAAAUGAAGUCAAAUUCAGUGAAUAUCUGGAGACGGGCAUGCAAGUUACCGACAUCAAUUUAGGCGACUUUAUCAAGCUGUAUGUGAAUCACCGGCCUGCCUUUGGGCUCUCACUAAAAGAAAUAGAAAAUGCCUUCCAAGUGCUGGGCUAUGAGAAUGAGAACAGCGAGGUGGCCAUUAGUAGGGAUGAACUGCUGCUGCUGCUACAACAGAGAGGUGGGCCUCAACCCAGAGGAGGGCAGCAUUGGCCCCAAAACGGAUUUGUCACAAAGCUAACAGGUUGUGUUUUUACCUUAUUUGACCCAGGAGAGCAUUUCACAGAAGAGGAGCUAGCAGAGUGCCUCACCACUUUGCUGGGCGCAAAUCCUGAGGGGGGCCGCUCGGAGGUUGGCACCUACGACGCUACAGGUACUUGGCUACAGCAGUGGUGGAGGAACCCUCUCUGGCUCCUGGGGCAGGGCAGCCUGUACGGAGUGCGCAUGUGUGGCACCCCGCACGUGUGCACUCCGUACAGAAUGCCGCACAUGUGCAGUUUGUACGGGAUGCCACACUCCUUACGGGUUGCCCUAAGAAUAAUUUUUUUAUUAACCGACCAAUCACAUCAAAUCAAACCAAAUUACAUAAAUUCCAAAUUACACAGCCGAAUUUUAAUUUUUUGUUGGGGGUACCCAUAUUUCAAGUUCCGAAGGGGAUCCAAUCAACUUCUUGCUUCUUACUGCUGUUUUAAUGUCCACAAAUCUAACCUUAUGAUGUUCACAGUACUAUCCAGUCCUUUCUUAUUGUUUUUCCACAUCUCUUGUUGUUAAUUUCAUAUAUUUUUCCUUUCUCUUUGUGACCUCUGAUAGUCUCCGCAAGCUGGUUAGAACAUUUUGUAAUCCUGCGUGGAUAUUAUUUUUUUUAUCCAGUAGCCAUAUCCAGACGUUUUCCAUAUAACAUCACUUCCAUACAUCAAAACAGUCUUAGCGUCAUUAAUCUUCACCAAUCUGCCUCCUUUCUCAAAACCUCUGAGGAGAUUCACCAGGAAUGCAGUCUGAAAUCAAGUCCGUUCUUCCUCCCGGCUAUAAAUCCUUUGGCAAGAUGGCGACUCCGAAUUAAUUGCUGCGCCAUUCCAAAAGCUCUUAUUGCUUCUCGAUCUCCAUAAAGCAUACUUUUGGUUAAAGUUUAUCUCCACACAGACCUUAAUCAUCCUGCUUGGGUCAGUUCAACCGACGAUACUAAUGAGGAGGGGUUCUUGUAAAUCACAUAGAAGGAAAGUAAAAAAGGUCCCCCCCCCCAUUCAGUCCCGUUGUCAACAUACCCAGCCUUUGGUGUAUCUUCAUCGUAAAAUAUUCCUGUUUCUCCAACCCGUCGUCUUCUUUCGCAGAGGUCACUUAAAUUAGCAGACUUCACUCCCCUUCUUCACUUGAAAUAUGUGCAUUUGCUUCUUUUGUGAUUAAUUAUUCCAAAUUGCUGCAGCUAGUGUGCGAUCAGAGACAGCGUCCAGGAGAGCCGAGGUCCACAUGGGGGCAUUCUGCCUAGGGCCCUCACCCCCUUCUUUCGAAUUAGGGGGUGAUUUAUGGGCACAGCAGGCAAGGGCAGUGUUCCUCAUUUCCUUGGGGCAACAAGGGAGGCUGCCUACUCCCAUAACAGCCUCUUAAUUACCCCGUGUGGGUCGGAGAGAUGGUAUUGUCGGCCAUCUUCCAAUGCGCCCCCUAGUGCCCCCCCUCCUUACGGGUUGCCGCUCAUGCUGUAUGGGCUGCCGCACAUGCUGUUUAGGUUGUAUAGGCUGCUGCACAUGCACAGUCCAUAUGGGCUGCUGCUUGCACGGUGUCCAUAUGGGCUGCCACUUGCAUGGCAACAGUAUGGAGUGCGCAUGUGCGGCAGCCCGUAUGGGGUGCUGCACAUGCGCACUCUGUACAGGCUGCCGCUCGUGCGGUAUCCUGUACGGACUGUGCAUGUGCUGCAUCCCGUACGGCCAUCGCACAUGCACAGUCCGUACGACCACUCUACAGCUGGGGGGAGGCAGGGGCCAUCUUGUCACCCCCCUCCACCCCCCACUUUGUACCUUCCUGGGGUUCACUUACUGUGAAAACAUCAGCAAAAUGACAACUAAUAACCUAGAAUGAUGUGUAUGCAGCCUAGUGUAAGCUGUUGAGGGGAAAGCCCAGUGCAGAUGCAACAUCAUUAUCUCCGUUGUCCUGAAUCCUAACAUCCAUUUCAAUGCCCCUCGCCUUUCAGGUGCAGAUGCCUUUAUUGAGGAAGAAAUUCCAGAGGAAAUCACAGCGAAGCACUUCAUAACAGACAUUCUUGACUUACCAAUUCCUGAGCCGAGACUGACAGAGACGGAAACAACGAAGACCACAAAUGAACCUGAAUCUGGGAGCAGCACUCUGAUCAUUAAAUCUUAAUGGCCUCUGAUUGUUCUUAAGCCUUAAAAAGAAAACACAUUGCUGCAUUAAAAAAUUAUUUUUUUGCAUCCCUUUAGAAAUUGUAUUUUCUUUUGAAAUAAAAAUUAUCAGAGCCAGGGUC